AGCACACACCACCCAUUUGUACCACCCUAGCCCAAAACACCAAACGUCCAGAGUCUAGCCCUUCUCCAUCCCAAUUCCCAUCCCCAUCUAUAUGAAACACACAUCCCCAAACCCUUUUUCACCAACAAAAACUUCCAAAUCAAGGGGGAGGGGGAGGGGGAGACGCAAGUCCAGCGCUUCGAUGCAGCAGCAGCCCCCAACAACCUGCACAUCUGGCCUGUUGUUUGCUGCUGCUGUGCGCAGGCCUUGCACGCCACACACACACACACACACACACACACAACCAGACCAAAAGUAUAGCAAAACCUCGCGCCCCACCCCCUUUUGGAAAACAGCGAGCGUUUGCGUUUGCUUUGUUAGCCUGCUGAUUGUUCCAUUGUUGUCCUUGUGCACGGACUCGGCGGGUGGGAAAGUACCGUACGCUGUACGCCGUGGGUACUACGGAGGUUCUCGAUGGAUCUGCAUUGCUGUAGCUGGAGCUGGAGUUGUUUACCUAGUAGUUAUUUGCGCCAUAUAUUUGUACACUGAUAGUGCUGUAUUAAGGUAUACACCCAGUGCCACAGUCCAAUCCUAGUAGAUGACUUGGUAACUACAAACAGUAGGUCAACAUUGAGUUCGCGUCUCGCUUUAGAUCAUUCAUGUACUGCACCUACUAUAACAACUGUACUGUUCAC